UCCUGUUGUUAUAGAUCUGGACAAGGAUACCUUACAGCUAGAAGGGUAGCCCACUAGUCAAUUCUGGCAGCGGUAGUCAGCUGGCCUUACUGUGGAAGUCGCGGCAACUGGCUUCAACAGGAAUUCCAGACACUGAAUUGCAACCCGGGUUGCUAAUUGUUUUUAUCUCUUGAGAUCACGGACCGAGGCAUCCCAAUACAUUUUAACUGCUACCGUCGUUCUGAUUACGAUGGCCGACGAGCCCGCUCCCAGGGUGGACUUUAUGGAUCUCUUUGGACGCAAGCUGCUUGCUAAGCGCGACGGGAAACUAACGGAGUUGCCUGUGACGGAGCUGGACGGCAAAUAUGUUGGAGUCUACUUCAGCGCUCAUUGGUGCCCACCUUGCCGAGCGUUUACACCGCUACUCCGCAAGACGUACUUAAUGCUCACCGCGCUUGGAAAACCAUUCGAGAUAGUUUUCAUUUCAAGCGACCGGUCCCAAGAGGAUUUCGAUGCAUACUACGGCGAGAUGCCAUGGAUGGCGAUUCCAUUUAGCGAAACCGGCCAUCGUACAUCCCUUGGCCGGCGCUUCAGCGUCAUGGGCAUCCCGACGCUUGUCAUCCUCUCUCCUGAGGGCCACGUCCUCAACACCAACGCCAGGGCGGCUGUGAUUCGGGACCCGGAGGCGUCACGAUUCCCAUGGAUGGGCGAGGAGGAAAGGCAACCAUUCAGCCUGCUGCCCUUCUUCCUGAUGAUCGUCUUUGCCUGGUUCGUGGCGCAAUUCCUGUUUGGAAGAAAGCAAUAACAGGUGCCGUACAUUGAUACCGCACAUCUGUACGGCAUGGCGGAACCGUAGUUGCCGUACAUAACGAGGGGCUACGUGGUCUCCGUACGGCUGGCGCGGCUUCUCAUCCUUUUUUGUUUGCUGGGGGCCGCGGCGUUUGUAUGGUACUUGCGCUACAGUGAGUUUGAGACGAUGAGACUUGCAGGGUUCCUACUCGCUUAUAGCAACAGGAUAACGGUUCGAGUGCGAACGAAUGAGGGUCCUCUAUAGAAAUGAAUGGGACAAGGCUGCCUACACGUACAUUGGUUGGGUAGUGAGGGAACGGCAAAAUACAAACCUGUAGACACCUGUACAUUUUUUAACACACACUUUCUUGCCCAGUGGUAAGUUAGCCAUCUCGACGAAAGGGGGGUGUCGAGGUAACAAUGAUAGCAGUAGUGUGUGAAUAGUUACUUACCUAUGGAAGACUGGGGGUAUUUAUGAAAUUGGCCUGAG